UUGUUGUCGGACUUCUGCAGCCAAUGAGAUUUGGGGCGAAUUAACCUGCUGUUAUGUAUAUUCGCCACAUACUUUUUAUCCUAACCUCUAAUUAUAAACUAUAUUUUUGUGUUUAUAAACAAACUCCCUGACUUAAUAAAAACAAUCUUAUAAAAAGAAAAUCCUGUGAUAACUAUUAACUGCCAAAGCCUAUUACAAUGUCGACAGAAUUUUUAAGCCUUUCUGAAGAACCAGAGUUUACCUCUGAGUUUGCUUAUUUAUAUAAAAAGGGCGGAAAGAAUCCCGAUUUAUCCCAGCAAGAGAGAAGGGACCUUAUCUUACAAGAACAAAAAGAAAAACGACAUAACUUGGUAGACCAGCAUCGAGAUUUUACUGACAUAUUUCUGGAUAAUGAUGAAGAUGUGCCUGAAGAAUCAGACAUGGAUGUGGAUGCACAAAGACCCAAGAGAAAAAAAGACAAGUUUCAUUUGAUGUUCUCUGAGUAUCUUACAGAUAUCCCAGAUGAUUUGGAGGAAAACUGGUUGGUGAAGAUAGUGCCAAAUGGCUGUAGAGCACUUGUAUUAGCAAAAGGUCAACAAACAAUGGUUUUUGGGAGAAAGGGAAAAUUACUGAAUUUAAGGACUCAUUUACCAGGUGGGGGGUUACAUAAAGGUGUUGGCAUAACAGCACUAGACUGUAUUUUCAAUAAAUCCAUGAAAACCAUUUUUGUUUUGGAUUGCAUGUUUUGGAACACAAUGUCUAUGAUAAAUAGUGAGACAACUUUUCGCUUUUACUGGAUAAGAAACCAGUUCAGUGAAAAUCCAAAAUUUCUGGAGACCAACAAGCCUUACAAAUUUUAUCUGUUGGACUUUUAUCCUGCACAGAAAUCUUUGAUUCAAGACAAGAUAUUUCAGGAAAUAUUUAUAUCAGAUAAAAAAGUAUUGUAUAGUGGAGUAACUUUUUAUCAUAAGGAAGUUCAGUAUGCAUUUCGCCAAACUCCCCUUAUGUGUUGGCUUUAUUCUUACAUGCUUCCAGAGAAAUUAGGAGUUGAUGUGCCUCAAGAACUUAUGGAUAAGAUGCCAAAAAAAUAUGAGAAUCUUGAAAAGUUUUUAAAAUUUAAAGAAGAAUUUAGGAAAAAUAGACCUAAAAAUCAACCAGAGAAAAUAGAAAUGGAUACCACUUAAACUGUUGUUUUACUGUUUUAGUCAUUAAGCUUAUUAACCUCAAUUCUCUGCUUACAAUUUUGAUCAUAAUUGUUUUUUAUUAUUUAUUGUUAAAAAAACUUAACUGUCUUAGAUUGGUUGUAGUAUAGUAUUGUUGAUUUACUUAUUUGCUAUGUUAUAAUUUAUUUCAUUAUUAAAUUAUUUUUUAUCCUUUAA